GUAACAUACAUACAUAUAUAUAUAUAUAUAUAUAUAUGUAGUAAAACCUUGAAAUCUCCUCUCUAGAUCUGAUGAUAUAUACAUGCUAGGGUUCCCAUUUCUCCUUGAGUUCUUGUUUUCUCUCCGGGAACAUACUGAAGUUUCUGAAAUGGCAGCUAUCACGUGCUCCCUGCAGCAUGAAGUCGAUCAGGUCAAUUAACGUGGUACGCUUCGAAGAGAUUAACUCAUCGGGUGCACGAGUGGUGAUUCUGAACAGACCAACAAAACUCAACCCCAUCAACUAUGAAAUGGUUUCAAAGAUACUGACGACUGUGGAAAGAUACGAGUACGACCCAGCGGUCAGCUGUAUUAUUUUGAAGGCAAACGGAAAAGCAUUUUCUGCCGGGGGAGAUGUUGUCAGCGUGAUUUGCUCUUCCUUAGCAGGGCAUUGGAGCUAUCCCAUGCAAUUUUACAAGAAGAUGCUCAUGGCGAGCUACCUCCUUGCUACUUUCAAGAAACCUGUGGUUUCAUUGAUCCAUGGACUUGUGAUGGGCGGAGGAGCUGGACUAUCAAUGCAGACUAUGUUUCGAGUCGUGACGGAAAAGACUGUAUUUGCGAUGCCGGAAGCAUCAAUAGGACUAUUCGCCGAUGUUGGGGCUUCUUAUUACCUUUCCCGUCUCCCUGGCUCCUUCGGAGAAUAUUUGGCACUGACUGGAGCGAGGGUUGAUGGCCCUGAAAUGGUCGCAUGUGGUCUGGCUUCUCAUUUCGUCCCCUCCAAGAGCAUUCAUUUGCUGGAAAAGGCAAUAUGCGAGCAGCUUUUAUCUUCCUCUACUGCAUCAAAUAUUUCAGCGAUCAUAGGAAGGUUUUCACAAACACCAAUGCUAAAACAAGAUAGCGUGUUUAAAAGAUUGGAGACAGUCAUCAACAAAUGUUUCUCAAGAAACACGGUAGAAGAUAUUUUAUCAUCAUUGGAAAACGAGGUUACAAGUGGAGCAGAAAAGUGGAUAAAGGACGCUUAUAGGUCCAUGAAAUCUGCUUCCCCGACUAGCCUCAAAGUAACAUUAAAAUCGAUAAGGGAAGGCAGGAGGCAAAACCUUGAACAAUGUCUGUUCAGGGAAUUCUUCAUUUCCGGUCACAUGGUUCGUGGGACAGUAAAUAGGGAUUUCUAUGAGGGCUCGAGAGCACUAUUAUUUGAUAAAGACAAGAAACCGAGGUGGAAUCCCCCGAGUCUGGAGCUGGUUACUGAGGAGAUCGUGAACAGGUUCUUUGAGGAUAUGGACGACCCAGAUUUAGGUCCUCUGCGGCUCCCACGUAGGUCUCAUGAUGUGAUCACAGCCAAGCUCUAAGAAGAUGCAAUAGCCUUGAUUUUAUUGCAGCUAUAACUAGUAAUCCGGCAAUCUUAAUUACUGUGCAAGCUCGAAGACACAGUUCUGGUCUUUUCUGAGUUUGCCGUAGCAGCUCACGUAAUUUAAAAUCUUCAAGGAGUGGAACGUGAUGAUAGCAUCAGUUUCUCCUCAACAUUUCAAUGAUCUACCAAUGUACUGUCUUCUUUGCUUGUCCGUGUAUUGAGUCCCACCAGCAAAUCCUAUACCACAUUUGACAUUGCGACUGUAUGAGUCACUAGAAUAGAACCGCCAUAUGAGCGACUUUUGAAAAGGUUUCUAAUAUAUAUUGACAAGUCUGUAUCGAGCAUU